ACCCGGACGGAAAUAGCGGUGCACAUUAAAAUUCAAACACUGAUGGCGAGCAAAACGCUGAAUGCGGGAGCACGUUGGAGGAUACUUUAAGUCCAUUGUGUUGUUGGUAACCUCAGCAGGAAACAAUGCCUACUGUGGUCUUAAUGGACGUGUCUCUGUCCAUGACACGGCCAGUGUCUCUGGAUGGCAGCGAGGAGUUUCAGAGGAAGAACCUGGCUGUUCAUGGACUAAACAUGUUGUUUGAACACAUGGCCUCAAACUACCGCUUGGAGUUCACAGCCCUGAUGGCCUUCUCGUCCCUCUGGGAGCUCUUGGUGCCUUUCACCAGAGAUUACAACGCAUUACAGGAGGCUCUGAGCAACCUGGAGGACUACGACAAGACCUGCAUAGAGUCGGCUCUUAAUGGAGUUAGUAACGUGGUACAACAAGAGUGGGGCAGUGCCUGUCCCUGUCAGGUGGUGCUGGUUACUGAUGGAUCUCUGGGUAUUGGAAAGGGCUCCCUGCGUCACUCCCUUCAAACACUGAAGCAUCGCCCAGAUGACAAGAAGUUCCCGCUCCCUUUCCCUUUUCCUACCAAGCUGUUCAUUAUGGCUGUAGCCAAUGCAGAGGAGUUACAGAUGACUGAUGCCAUGGACAACUUAGAGGAGCUGCUUCGUCUUAGUGGAGGUGAUGGACAGAUCUUCACUAUGGAGGGACCUCUUUGCAUGAAGAGUGUACAGGCCAUGUUUGGGAGGCUGAUCGAUUACGCGUACUCUCCCUUCCAUGCUGUCCUGCACUGUGGGAACUUGUCCUCAGACGUUCAGGUGUUCCCUCGCCCUGAGCCAGUUGUGAUGGAUGAGGAAGUGGAGCCCAUGCCCCGAUCAGUCAGUACAGAUUUGGAAAUUGUGGGUUUCAUUGAAAUUGCUGACAUUUCAAGUCCUCCUGUUAUAUCCAGACACCUGGUACUGCCUAUUGCUGUAAACAAAGAGGUAGAUGACGUUGGUACAGGAGCCACAGAUGAGCUCGAGGAGGAACCCUCUGCCAGUCAAAUGGCAGGCAAAAGUCCAAAUUUUUGUGUCCUUUUACACGGCAGUCUUAAAGUUGAGGGCAUGGUGGCACUGGUCCAGUUGGGGCCAGAGUGGUACGGCAUGCUGUACUCACAAGCAGACAGCAAGAAAAAAUCGAACCUGAUGAUGUCUCUGUUUGAGCCUGGUCCAGAGCCUCUGCCGUGGCUGGGCAAGAUCACACAUCUGGGACCAAUAUCAGAGGCUGCUGAAAAUCCCUAUGGAGAGGAUGACAGUAAAAGUCCUUUCCCUCUGCAGCCGCAGGCUAAAAGAAGCUAUGCUCAGAAUGUCACUGUGUGGAUUAAGGCCAGUGGACUACAGACUGAUGUUCAGAAGAUCCUGAGGAAUGCAAGAAAAUUGCCAGAUAAAACUCAAACUUUCUACAAGGAGCUGAACCGUCUUCGAAAGGCUGCCUUGGCUUUCGGCUUCUGGGAGCUCCUGAAGGGAGUGGCCGACCUGCUGGAGAGAGAGUGCACCCUGCUGCCAGACUCCGCACAUCCGGACGCCGCCUUCCAGCUGUCCCACGCCGCACAGCAACUCAAACUGGCGAGCACCGGUGACUCCCAGUAUGCUGCCUUUGAUCACAACAUUGCCCCCAUGCACACGGACUUCUCAAGCUGAACCCUGUUUGAAUCCGCAGAAACAGACUAAAAUAUAGCAGCAUCAGCCUGUGUGGACCACUGCUGAGACAGCAGCUGUGUGAGCUGGAGGCUGCUUAAAGAACUCAUCAGAGGACUGCUUCAAGAACCUGUGUGGAACCUAGAUGAGUAAGACUGAGAGCUCACACUCCUUUGACACCACCUUAACAUGGCAAAACAUACAAAGUGAGGUGUUGUAAAAUGGUAGCAUGUACAUAUUUACUUUUUUACAAAUUUCUUUGUAGGAUCUUUUUCACAAUUUGACCACAUUUAAAUCUCACUUUUAUUCAUACCAUCCACAUUUACAGGAAACCUAUAAAAAAUGUAAUG